AUGACGUCCAUGGCCGCCACUUCGCCAGUGGCGCCACGCCGACUGUUGUUACUGCUGCACGGGGCCCGAAUUUACGAUCCCCUGGUCCGCGAGGCAAUCCAUGGCCUGAAGGAGGACGGCCACGAGGUCACCGUGCGUGUCACUUGGGACUCUGGUGAUGUGGACAGAUUCGUCCAGGAGGCUGCGCUGCUGGACGGCGCGCGCCGCUUUGGCCUGAGGCCCCCGGGCAGUGCCCUGCUUACCGAGGGCCCUACCACCACAAUUGCGCAGCUGCCCCUGGGCACAGCGAACGACCUCGCCUCUGCCAGUGGCAUCUCCCUGGACCCCCGGAGGGCGCUGGCGCUGGCGGUGGACCCCCAGGCUGCGCGGCCCAUCGACGUGGCCCUGGUCAACGGGGAGGUGUUUUUGAACAUCGCGACGGUGGGCCCCGUUUCGGAGGUCAGCAGCAAAGACAUGAGCGACGCCGCCAAGAAGGCCCUGGGCCCCGCGGCCAUCAUCGUAUCCAGCAGCAAGAGCAAUGGCGAGGCCGAGGUGGGGGGCGGGAAGGAGGAGCUGCACCAGGUCCUCGAGGCGGCCGGCGCGGAGAGGCCCGGCGGCGGCUCCCCGGGCGCCGGGCUGGGGCGGCUGAGGGGCGACCUCCUUGCCCUGGUCGCAGGCCAGAGCCGGCAGAUGGGGCGCAUGUUCAACGUGUGCCCGCACGCGCUGCUGGACGACGGCCUGCUGGACUUCACGGUGCUCUUCGGGACGCCUGGGCAGCAGGCGGCGCGCCUGGCGGCAGACGUGGCGGCAAGGGGGCUGGCCGAGGCCCAGGGUGGCAUCCUGAUGCUGCGCGCCCCCUGGCUGCUGGUGGAGGCCGGGGAGCGCCUCAAGACCAACAGGGACGGGGAGCCGACACUGGAGAGCAGCAGGCUGCUGUUUGAGGUGCGCCCCAAGGCCGUCCGCCUCCACCUGCCAGACUCCCGCCUGCUGGUGUCCGGCCUGCCGGAGCGCGAGCGUGCCGCCGCCAGCCACCUCGUGACGCCCGAGCGCCCCAAGCACCGGCGCCGGCUGCUGCACAGCCUCCUGCGCGCGCAGCAGCCGCCGGGGCGCAUGGGGCGGCGCCUCGCGGGGCUGCGGAGGAUGGCUGUUCAGCUUGGGUGGGCGGCGAUGCUGUUUGGAAUUGGAUUCCUUGCAGGCAUGUACCAUGGCGCGUCCAUGUGA